AGGACUCAGCACGGUAGAACUGUCCAAUCCAACCAUUACGGUUAGUGCCCAGCGCCAUUGCUUCUCCACCAAACAAGCCCAUCCAUAGCACUCGUUCGGCAGCAGCUUCUCUUCCUAAGAACUUGUCUACCUUCCUUCAUUCAUCAAAGAAUAUGGCGGGGGUGAGCAUCGGGACGGGGGCGAUAAACUCCCUCCUCGUCAAGCUUACUACCUUGCUCAGCGACAAGUAUAAGCUGCUCACGGGUAUCCGCAAGCAGAUCGACUUCCUAAAGCGUGAACUCGGCAGGAUGCAAAUCUUGCUGGAGACACUGGCGGGCAUGGAGAAACUCGAUGGCCCGGCAAAGGGUUGGAGAGACAACGUGCGCGACCUCAGUUACGACAUGGAAGACUGCAUCGACCGCUUCAUGGACCGGCUUGGAAACGGAGGUGCCAAACCAAAGUUCAUGAAGAGGACGGCCCGCCGGCUCAAGACUCUGUGGGCGCGCCAUGACAUCGCGACCCAGAUCAAAGAGCUCAAAGCUCGCGUGAUGGAGGAAAGCGAGCGGCGUGGCAGGUACAAGCUUGAUGAGAAUUACUACAGUGCAACAAGGACGGUGGAGAUAGAUCCAUGGAUAAGCACGCUCCACGAGGAGGUCAAGGGCUUGGUGGCAAUGGACGAUCGAGUGAAGCAAGUUACUGCCUUGUUGAUGGAUGAGAGUAUGGAGCUGAAAGUGGUGCCGAUUGUUGGGUCCGGUGGGUUGGGGAAGACGACCCUGGCCAUGGAGGUGUUUCGCAAGGUUGGAAAAGAUUUCGAAUGCCGAGCUUCUGUGUCGGUGUCACGCUCUAUUGAUCUCCAGACGCUCUUGAAGGAUAUUUUGUCGCAAAUCGAUGAUAAAGGAUGUCAGUCGGAGGGUUGGAACAUAAACCGACUAUCCCGUAAAACCACACAAAUCUUGAACGAAAAGAGAUACUUCAUUGUUGUUGAUGACGUAUGGAAAGAACAAGAUUGGAAACUAGUCAAGGCAGCAUUUCCUGAGAAUAACAAUGGUAGCAGAAUAAUUGCUACUACACGCAUUACCGGUGUAGCUAAUCAGUGUUGUUCCAACUCCGGCGGUCAACCCUAUCAAAUGGUACCUCUAGAUGAUGAUGCUUCUCGAAAAUUGUUCUUUAAGAGAAUUUUCUCCUCGGAUGAUCCCUGUCCUUCUGAACUAGAAGAAGUUUCUACUAGGAUCUUAAGAAAAUGUGGCGGCCUGCCACUGGCUAUUGUUACAUUUGCAAGUUUGCUUGCCAAUAAGACACAUAAGAAGAAGGAUGAAUGGGAGAGACUGCAAGAUUCCAUUGGCACCGGUCCUUCGCUUGAUAAUGAUGGGAACUUAAAAGGGAUGAAAGAUAUACUAUUACUUAGUUACUGGGAUCUUCCACACCAUUUGAAGACUUGUUUGUUGUACUUGUGUAUAUAUCCAGAGGACUACAAGAUCAACUGUGAAGAACUGAAAUGGAAAUGGAUGGCCGAAGGAUUCCUUGAUAGACGAUGGGGACGUUUGGAUGAGGUAGCAGAGAACUGUAUCAAUGAACUCGUUAACAGAAAUAUGAUCCAGCCAAUUGACAUUUAUGAUAAUGGUAUUGUGAAAUAUUGUCGAGUCCAUGAUAUGGUGCUUGACCUUAUCAUAUCUUUAUCAGAUGAAGAGAAUUUUGCCACUGUUUUAAAUGGACGCGUACGCAAUUCUUGUCCCAGGAAGAUUCGUCGUCUGUCCGUACAAGCUAGUGGCGGAAAGCAUCAAGGUGCAGUUUGUGCAGUCACAGAAACCAAGUUACAUGUUCGCUCGCUGACUACAUUUUGUCCUGUUGAGCAGAUUCCCCAUCUUGUGGACUUCCAUGCUUUGCGGGUGUUGGAUCUUUUUGGAUGUAAACGGUUGGAAAACAAGCAUGUAAAACAUAUAGGUAGUUCGCGUCAGCUGAGGUAUUUGAGAAUUGGCCGUUCUAGGUUUACUGAGCUUCCUGGUGAAAUCGGAAAGCUGCAGCACUUAGAGACUCUCGAUUUGAGACACUGUUAUUCGCUUACAAGACUGCCAUCAACAGUGGCGCAGUUGCAGAAAUUGGUACGCCUAUUUGUAUCUAAUGAAACACAAUUACGUACAAGUGGGUUCCGGAGUCUGCAGGCCUUGGAGGAGUUACGCGUCCACGAAACUGACGACCCAGUGAGAUUUGCGGAGGAAGUAAAUGAGUUGGGCAAAUGCAACCUUCGCUAUCUUUAUACUAAUGCAGAGAUAGCCGAACGUCUGUUCUGUAACCCAUGCCUCCAAGUUCUUAAAAUUUGGCCACAGAUUGGAAUGGUUCCCAAGGGAAUGGCCUCCCUCAAGAAUCUCGUGAAGCUAUCCAUAAUGGUCCAGAAAUUUGAUAAUGAGGGUCUCCAAGUCCUCAUGGGCAUGCCUUCUAUGGCCCAUCUUCAGCUAUGCGUUACAGGGGUCAUCGAAAAGCUGACCGUGGGUAGUAAUGGAUUCAAACUGCUAAAGGUGCUGCAGUUCAAAUAUACGUCAGUCUUACAUCCUGCUUUUCUCCUGGAACCAACAAAUGGACUGCGGCUAACAUUUGAACCGGAUGCUGUGGCAGCACUCCGACAGCUCCGUCUUGACUUGAGCGCAAUGUGGGUGGUGUCCGACUUUUUUGCAUACUUGGGUGCCGAGCAUUUUUCAGGCCUUGCACACCUCGAGGUCGAAUUUGAUUGUUACAGAGCAGCUCCAGCCAAGGUGGAGGCUUUGGAGUCUUCCAUUGAAAAAGCAAUCAACUUGCACUCCGACUGCGAGAUUCGUGUCCGUAGAGUCAAUGAACAUGGCAUGUUUAAGGAUGAAAAGGAAUGGGAAGAGGCCAUCGCAGAAGACAGAAAGAGGGUGGAAAAGAUUGAGCUAUUGAGCUAUUAAGGUGUCCGAUGGAGAUACCGGCCACCAAGAACUAGCUGCCUUAUCCCGGUAAUUCAAAUGAUCAUGGUUAAUUUUACUCAUUCCUACGGGUAACAGUUGUCUAAACUGUGUUGUGCAUCCGUCGUUCUGAAACAAUAAGAAACAUCAGUUGAACAGCAGUUGGUGGAUCCAACUCAAGUCCUGCAUGCAUCUGGAGAGCUACACGGUUAUCCAUUCCUUUCCUGCUACUUACUGCAAGUCUGCAACUCAACUGGCCGGCUACCAGCAUUUGAUUCACCAUGUAUUCCUAUGGAGAUACCAGAUUCCCCAAGCGAAUUUGUGUGAUUAGAUGAUGCAUUCAAGGUGCUUUGCCUGUAGUGCGACUGUGCGAGCUAUAUUCCUUUCCUAAAUCUGAUCGCCAGCCUCCCCCGUCUUGUUGGGUUUCUUGAUUAAUAAGUAGAACAGACAUUAGUAGAUGUGUUUUUUAUUCGCUGCUGGGGAACCUUGGGAAUUCUAUUUAACUCCUGUCGUAAUGAAACUCUGUUAUUGUUUGCAUAUGAUUUACGGAGACCGAACUGAGCUC